AUGCCCCCCAUAAUAGGGGAAACACUUCGCGUAUGGUUCCUCUCCGCAUUGGUGGUUCACGGUGCUGUCGCUGGCAAUCCGGAUGCCAAACGUCUUUACGACGAUCUUCUAUCUAAUUACAAUAAACUAGUGCGGCCUGUAGUGAAUACCUCGGACGUACUGCGCGUGUGUAUCAAAUUGAAGCUAUCGCAGCUCAUCGAUGUGAACUUGAAGAAUCAAAUCAUGACGACGAACCUGUGGGUCGAACAGUCAUGGUACGAUUACAAGCUGCGAUGGGAGCCAAAGGAGUACGGAGGAGUUCACAUGUUACACGUGCCGUCCGACCACAUAUGGCGGCCCGACAUAGUCCUCUACAACAACGCGGACGGCAACUUCGAGGUGACCUUGGCCACGAAGGCCACCAUCUACCAUCAAGGAUUGGUCGAGUGGAAGCCCCCCGCCAUUUAUAAGUCAUCCUGUGAGAUCGACGUGGAGUACUUCCCAUUCGACGAGCAGACCUGCGUCCUCAAGUUCGGUUCGUGGACCUAUGACGGCUUCAAGGUCGAUCUAAGGCAUAUGGAUGAAAAAUCGGGGAGCAACGUGGUGGACGUCGGUGUCGACCUCUCCGAGUUCUACAUGUCUGUAGAAUGGGACAUUUUAGAAGUGCCUGCUGUACGAAACGAAAAAUUUUACACUUGCUGCGACGAACCGUACCUGGAUAUCACCUUUAAUAUAACGAUGAGAAGAAAAACACUUUUCUACACUGUGAACAUUAUUAUUCCGUGUAUGGGAAUUUCCUUUCUUACGGUACUGACGUUCUAUCUACCCAGCGACAGCGGCGAAAAGGUCACGCUCUCCAUCUCGAUUCUCAUCAGUCUUCACGUGUUCUUUCUGCUAGUCGUUGAGAUCAUUCCACCUACGUCGCUGGUCGUGCCGCUGCUUGGAAAGUACCUGAUAUUCGCCAUGAUACUCGUCUCGAUAAGUAUAUGCGUGACAGUGGUUGUCCUCAAUGUUCACUUCCGAUCGCCGCAGACACAUAAAAUGGCGCCUUGGGUGAAAAGGGUCUUUAUUCAUAUUCUUCCCCGGUUGUUGGUUAUGCGAAGGCCUCAGUAUAAAUUUGAAACCAAUAGAUACACUUCUGGUAGAGUGUUAAUGAGAACAGUCAGAGGCAAAGAAAAGACUUGUUAUUACCCUUAUUCAUCCACUCAGGAAGACAGCGAAGAACAUUUAACACCUAAGCGAUUCCAUAGUCGUCCUCCUUCAAAGGAAGACCUUUCACCUUCAAGUCUCGCUGACGGUGCAAGAUUCGGCGGAAGUUGUUUAAUUCACGGACCACCGUUGCCGCCGCUUCCUCUUCACACCGAGUGCGAGGAUCUUUCCGUUUCCGGCGAGGCAGGAAUCGAAGAAGUUAAAAGUCCAGUUUUACGAAGCCCUCCGGUUUUCUCGCACUCACGUUGCCCUCCAGAAAUUCACAAAUCUUGCAUCUGUGUGCGCUUCAUCGCCGAGCACACAAAAAUGCUGGAAGACUCAACUAAGGUGAAAGAAGACUGGAAGUACGUGGCGAUGGUCUUAGACAGACUAUUCCUCUGGAUCUUCACUCUGGCGGUCCUCGUUGGUACAGCUGGGAUCAUCCUACAAGCUCCGACUCUCUACGACGACAGGGUGCCAAUUGAUAAAAAAUUCAGCGAUUUCGCAACCACUACGGUAGUUAACUGUCCGCCGCAAUAGUCCAUGCCUGAGCCCUGCACCGUAGACAAAACCUAAGG